AUGAUGUCAAGAGGAAAAAAACUAGUAUCUUUAGUGGCCGUAAAUUGUGAAAAGGUUUCUGAAAAUGAACAAAGUUCACAUGCAGGCCUGGUAGAUAUUCAAGAAAUUCAAUCUACAUCUUAUAACAACGCGGAUGCUAUAGACUUUCAUCAUUCACAAAUUCAUGAUGGUCCGGGUAACGAAACGUUCUUCAAUACUCUCAUUAAAUCUACGGCAUGCUGUUCUAAAUACCAAAAAGAAGAUUUACUAGGAAACAAAGAAAACUUUAAUGCUGAAAAGUUUGAUGUCGAGCACAUACAGAACAAUAUUGAAGUUUUUGACCAAGGUUAUGAACAACAUCGCGAAAUUACAGCUAUAAUUGAAGAUAUUUUGGAUGAGGUUUUUAAAAAAGCUUGGUUACUUAUUGAACCGUUAAAAAGAUGGCGAAAAUCAGACCCAAGCAGUUGGGCUCGUAAUGUAGUUAAGAAAAGACGAGCAGAUGGUUUGCCUUAUAAAUCCAAAGCUAACAUCAUACCAGCUAAGGUACCUAAAGAGAUAGAUUGCUCCAAGUGUCAAUUUAAAUGUACUGAUGUCUUUGAUACUACUGAUGAGAUAAGUUUUGUGGAUUCUUUUGGAACUUAG